AUGGAUCCAAGUACUGUGCUAGAGGAAACGACGCAAGAUGUGUCAAAUUUGAGAGCAGAGUUCAAGUUCAUUAUGGAUGAGAUCAAGUCCAAUGACUUCUUACUGUUCGAGAAGAAGAAAAAGCUGUUUCAACGAGAGUCACAGCUACAGAAGUUUGGCAAGCAACAGCAGCAAGGUCAGGUUUCGGAAAAUGGCAAGGAAGCUGAAAUGCUGAAUAAAUUGAAAAGCGACGUUGACAUGUGCGAAAACGUACAGGGCGAAAAAUGCAUACUGGCAAAUACGGCUCUUUUUCUGAUCACCAAGCACUUGAACAAGCUGCAGAAGAGCAUACAACUUCUCGAAGAGGAAAAUCUGCUUGCGCCCCUCGAAGACGAUAAAGAGGCUGAUAGCGGCGGGGAGGUGUCGCGGGAGAGUUCCGUGAUGUCAUCUGCUGGCGAACGUAAACGUAAGCAGACACCGCUUUCGUCUGUGGUGAAGAAGAAGAAAAAGACCGAACGCGGGUCGUCGCGCAACCGAGAGGGAACUCCAGUGGGCGGUUUGGGAUCGGAUUCAAAUUUCGACUUGAACGAGUACAACGAUGAUUUGUUCUCCGGCAUGAAUCAGAACGAGGAAGACGAUAAACAGCUUUACUGUUUCUGUCAUAGUAUUUCGUAUGGGGAAAUGGUAGCGUGCGACGGUGCGAACUGCAAAUACGAGUGGUUCCACUACGGCUGCGUCAAUCUGAAGGAACCUCCCAAGGGCCAGUGGUACUGCCCGGACUGCAGGCAGGAACUCGCGAGUAGUCGACUCAAGAAGAAGAAAAUAUAG